AUGUAAUUUAUUCCCGUGCCAAGCCUGCCUAUCUCUACUUUCUCCUGUAUAUAAUUAUUCUGUGUGUUUUGUGUGUCUGGGUUCCUUCUUCACCCAUGACUUCCGCCUUCAUUUCCCCCAAAACCUUCUCCAUUAAUUUGUCGUCUACAUCAUCUUCACCUUCAUCUUCAUCGUCGUCUCCAAAUUACUAUCAGCAGCAGCCUUUGAGUUGCAGGUGUAAGUACCAAUUAUCAGGCGUGGAUGAGCGGAAUUUUGUGCUUCACGAUGCUCUGGAUGCAUCUGGAAUAGAUACCACUCACGCAAGGGCUGCAAGAGCUGGUUUUUGCUCGCAGAUUCAAAAGUUAUGUGACAUUGAGAGAGAAACAAGCAUAAGUGUAAAUAGAAAGGUCGAUUUGGGUAGAGCAGCUCUUCAUAUUGCAGCUGAAGAUGACUCUCUUACUCUUAUCUCACACUCUUCUCUACCACUUCCUACACAUGAUUUUAUUCCAACAUUUUAUAGCCUUUCUAUGGAUUAUUGCUCCCAUUAUAGUUCUUCAUAUAGAUCCUCCCCCGAGGCUUUUCUCGAGUGUUUAGAUAGAUAUCUGUAUGUCGAUAGAGUAAGUUAUAAUUUGUAUGCUCUAUCUUUGUGUAGCUUAGUUUAUCACUUUCCUACAAAAGAAAUGUUUUUAGCUGAUGUUGCCUGCACUGUAGAUUCCCAACUAGAUCACGGCCUUCGUCCUUUUUCAGGGAUUUCGAAGAACAGCCGACCAAACCAAGCACCGUGCCUUGUCUUAAGGCAUCGUUUAGGUUCUGUUUCGAUGCUCUCAAUUAUAUACUCGGAGAUUCUAAAGGUGCUUCGCAUUUGGGGUGUCGUAGAUUUUGACGUGGAGAUCUUCUUCCCUCGUGAUUCUCAUAGUUGUCCUAAGGGCUACCAAAAACAGAAGAGCACAGAAUCUGAUCAAUUACAUGUUAUGACCACACAAUCUUUAUUGGUGGAGAUGUUGAAAGAUUUGAAAAAUGCUUUCUGGCCGUUUCAAGUUGAUCGUCCAAGAAGUCCAUUUUUAAGAGCAGCACAAGCUGCUCAGUGUCUCAUCGGACAAAAUAACAAUAAAGAAAGUCUCUUUGAACUUGCAUCUGCCAAAGCUGCUCGUCAUAGGCUGCAAAGAGGUGCCGGUGCUUGGACAAUUAGUCGAUUUGGUGAUAUACGGCGUGCACUAGCAGCUUGCGAGCGCCUUAUCUUACUCAAAACUGAUCCUAAGGAACUAAGAGACUAUGCUGUCCUCCUCUACCAUUGUGGAUUUUACGAGGAAUCUUUGCACUUCCUUAAACUUUACCAGCAUACAAAGCCGCAAUAUUCAGGCUCAAGCGAUGACGACGUGGAGGAAGAGGCCGUGGAGAAGUUAAUAAUUCGGUUGAACCUCAUUGUGAUGGAGGAGGGUUGGUCUCGGCCUCACGACAGCUAAACUAUCCUUUUUCAACAAUUCUGAACCAUUGUAAUAUCUUGGAACCUUAAUAUGAAAUGUAACUAAUUAUAGAUAUAAGUGUCUUGAAAAUUUUGAAAUGAUGUAGAAGUGUGAGCAAUGUUUUUUUUUUUUUAGUGUACAUAUGAUAAGAACAACCAUGGUUGAUACUACCAUAUAUAUAUAUAUAUAUAUAUG